AUGGACGAGAAAACCUCCUAUCUCAGCUCCAAAGAGGCCAAGUAUGCCCUAGGUGUGCAUCGAGGGCCUCUGCCCACCGAGGGCUACGCCAUUGAGCAUAUCGAGACGGCCAAUUCCAUCUCGUUGGAGCCGGUGAAGCGCACGCGAUCACAGAAAUUGCGUCGCCAUUGGGCGCGGUUCUGGUGUUGUUAUGCGUUCUGGGGGAUUAUCGGGCUGGCUAUCUUUCUUCCCAUCUUUUUCCUGGUGAUUAUCCCCGCCAUCGCCCAACGAGUCGUGGACGGGUCGACUCUCCUCCUCGUGCACGCCGACGUGCUCCAGCCCCGCCCUGAUUCUAUCAUGCUCAGCAUCAAAUCGGCCCUGGAUCUGCCCAUUAACCUCCCCGUACGCAUCGACCCUAUCACCCUAAGUCUCUUCAACCGUGACCUCCCCGAGAACAACACCUGGGCGAAGCUGUACAUGGACGGGGCCAAGAUCAAAGGCAACUCGACGCUCCAGGUGGACAACCAGUACACUCCGCUGAAUGUGUACCAAUGGACGCAAUAUGUCCGGGGCACGGUAUUUGAAGCACACGCCCCGUUGUCGGUGAAGGGAUCCACGACGGCGUAUAUCGGGAAGUUGAAGUCACGGGUCACUCUGAACAAGGACAUUCACCAGAACACCCUCAACUCCUUCGCCGGCUUCUCCAUCUCCAACCCAAAACUUCUCCUCCCUGCCGAAUCCGAUGGAACUAAUCUCGUCGCCAACGCCACCCUUCCUAACCCAUCGGUCAUGACUCUUGAAAUCGGCACCACCACCCUCAACCUCCUCAGCGGCAACCUCAUCCUCGGCAACGUCACCCUCGACAACCUAACCCUCACACCCGGGAACCACUCCACCCCCGUCCGAGGCAUCUUCGAUCUCGGCAAACUGAUCGAAAACCUCGGCCCUAUCCUCAAAGAUCAAGCCGAGUCCCUGAAAGACGGGUAUCUAAGUCUCACGACCGUCGGGACGGACGUGACCUACGAAGGCGUUCACGUACCCUACUACACGGAAGUCAUGAAGAAUCUGACCAUGACGGCCAAGGUGCCUUUGGGACAAUUGGUCAUGAAUACCCUGCGGGGGAUCUUGCAUCCGAAUGGCACGAAUCCGUUCAAGGGGUUGAAUAUGACGACGGUGGAUGGGGGGACGUUUACGGUGGGGGAGGAUGAGGGGGAGAGUGAUAGUGAAGCAAGUGGGGGGUUGUUGGGGAGACGGGCGGUGGAGAUGUUGGGGGAUGAGGAGAGGAGGGGGGAGGUGGUGGAUGUUUUGAGGGCGUUAGUGAGGAGAGGAGGACUGGGGGAUAAAAUAUGA